CACUUCCAAAGCCAUCUCCUCCAGCAGGCGGGCAAGGGCUCUCCUCCACUCUGAGCUCGAGCUUCCCGAGGCUCCGGGCAGUGUUCUGCGCUGGCCUGCUGCCCUGGUGGUCGGCGACCAGAGGUGGGCGUCACAGGAAGAGCCCUCCACGAAGGGAGGCCUCGGAGCAUCAGGCCAGCCGCAGGUGGGCUGGGCGGCCCGGUAGCUGUGAGCAGAGCCAAGAGGAAUCUGGACUCACCAGGCCUGGAGAUGGCUGGAAACUGCUCUUGGGAGGCCCAUCCCACCAACAGGAACAAGACUGCUGGCUGCAGACUCUGGGGCGUGGAGGGUGGCACUCUGUGGGACCGGGGUGCCCUGCUCCAGCUGGAGCCAGUGGUUCUACAAGUCUACAGUCAGGACCAGCACACCUGGAAUCCAGUGGGGGCUUAGGGGUGGAGCUAGCACAUCUGGACACAGGUGCGAGUUUGGGGGUGGAGCCCGGCCAGCAUCAUCAGGCCUCUCCCCUCCACGCCUGCGCAGAUGUGUCCCGGUGUGAGCGAGGCCCCCGAGCUCUACAGCCGUGGCUUCCUGACCAUCGAGCAGAUCACCAUGCUGCCGCCGCCGGCCGUCAUGAACUACAUCUUCCUGCUUCUCUGUCUGUGUGGCCUGGUGGGCAACGGGCUGGUCCUCUGGUUUUUCGGCUUCUCCAUCAAGAGAAGCCCCUUCUCCAUCUACUUCCUGCACUUGGCCAGCGCGGACGUCGGCUACCUCUUUAGCAAGGCCGUGUUCUCCAUCCUGAACACAGGGGGCUUCGUGGGCGAGUUUGCCGACUACGCCCGCGCCGUGUGCCGGAUCCUGGGGCUCUGCACGUUUGUCGCCAGUGUGAGCCUCCUGCCAGCCAUCAGCUUGGAGCGCUGCCUGUCGGUCGUCUUCCCCGCCUGGUACUGGCGCCGUCGGCCCAAGCGCCUGUCGGCUGUGGUCUGCUCCCUGCUCUGGACCCUGGCGCUCCUGGUCACCAGCAUCCACAACUACUUCUGCGUGUUCCUGGGCCACCAGGAGUCGGGGGCGGCCUGCAGGCACAUGGACGCCUUCCUGGGCAUCCUGCUGUUCCUGGUCUUCUGCCCGCUCAUGGUACUGCCCUGCCUGGCGCUCGUCGCGCAUGUGGAGUGCCGCGCCCGGCGGCGCCAGCGCUCCGCCAAGCUCAACCACGUCAUCCUGGCCAUGGUCUCGGUUUUCCUCGUGUCCUCCAUCUACUUAGGGAUCGACUGGUUCCUCUUCUGGGUCUUUCAGAUCCCGGCCCCCUUCCCCGAGUACAUCACCGACCUGUGUAUUUGCAUCAACAGCAGCGCCAAGCCCGUAGUCUACUUCCUGGCCGGGAGGGACAAGUCGCAGCGGCUGUGGGAGCCUCUCAGGGUGGUCUUCCAGCGGGCCCUGAGAGAUGGGGCAGAGCUGGGGGAGGCCGGGGGCGGCACGCCCAACACGGUCACCCUGGAGAUGCAGUGCCCCUCGGGGAACGCCUCCUGAGAGGCCGGCACCCGGAGGGGAGGCAGGGGCCAGAGUGGCCUGUGGCCUCCGGGGCCCUUUGUGGAAGGACAGGAGCAGAGGAGCCGCCCCGGUGCCCGAGUGCAAGGAGAAAAGUCUGCUUCCUGCCUCACGUGCCGCCUCCCCCUGGGCUGAGGCUGUGGGAGUGGCCGAGAGACAUGAGACGGAGCAGCCACCUGCAAACAGGCCCUGGGGCCACGCCGGGCUCUCCCCAGCCUUGUCCUUUUUCCACGACCCACUGUAUGGAAGUUGCCCCCAGGUGGGGCUCCUCCUUGCCCCAGGCUGGUCAGGAAAGGAGCAGAAGGGGUCACCCGUCCACCUCCUGCCCCGUUAGUCAGCCCUCCUUGUAAAGAACAGCCAGCACCUGCGCCCGUCAGGCCAGCAGACUCGUCCCGCCGAUUGGACACCUGCCGUCUCCAUCCGGUCCUCUCAAGUCAGCACUGUGAGCAGACCUGCACGAGAUGGUGCUAUCGGGGACAGUGUUCUCCCUACCCUGCCUUGCAGCUCAGUCUUUCUGCAGAUGACGCCUUGCCCCCCAGUGAAUCCUUUGGAGACUGAAAUGGGGCUUUCUGUCUUGGCGAUGAGCUGGACACAGGAAGGACCCUUGGCCGGCUUGGUGGGUCACUCUCUCUUCUGACUCCGUGCCGGCCAGUGUGUCCGAGCUGCCAUCAGCCUGGUCUCUGAGGCUCUGGGGGGCCUUCCAGGCCAUCUCUGGGCCCCUACCCGAAAGUGGGCACUGGCUCCACCUGGCCACCUUGACCCACCUACAGGCACCGUGGCCCAGUGUAGUGAGGGGAAGUUUUAUGAGAGACAAUCAAUGUGUAUCAAUAAACGUUUCUAUCUUGCAUUGA